CAGUAGAAUACCAGGCUGCCCACAGGCACGGGCUCCCGCUGCCCGCCAGCUUCUGGCACAGCUGAAAAGGAGAGUUUGGGAGUAAAGGGACUAUUAUGGGCAGUUUGGGGUGCCUUGGUGUUCACUGGUUUCCAGCUGCCCUCUGUUUUUCCCACGUGGGUUCGUUUGCCUAGUUACGAGGGCAAGCAGGGAGCGCAGGGCACCGCAGUUCUUCAGCCUGGCAUCACCAAUGGUUUUGCACCCAAGGAGUGACGGGGACCUGGGCGCAGCAGAGACUGGCACGGGGCUGGCGGCGGGAGCGGGGCCAGCGCUGGCAGAGGGGCUGAGGGUGCUGGCGGGCGCGUUUGCAGCUUGUCACGUCCGCAGAGACGGGACACGGCCGUGUGGGGGGAAGCCCGGCGGUGUUUGACCCUGGCACUCGUGGCUCCCGCCGCUGCCAGCUGCACCCCAGGCGAGCGGGGCUGCCAGCCUCGUCCCCGGAGCUGCGGCACCCACUGAACCCCCCGGUCCGGGCACCCCACAACCCGCAAGGUGGGCUGCUGGGGGCUGAGCGAGGCAUGGGGCAGGCAGAGCGGGGCUGAGGUGUUUACUCUGACUGCUGUCACCCGGCCAGACGCUGCCGGGAACUGCCGGCCGCAGGGACAGGGGUGGGAGCGUGCGAGAACAGGGGUGUGAGAAGGAAGCGCGCUGCCUGUGGGGAGACCAGGGGCAAGAGGAUGUGGGCUGGGGGGGGGUGGGGGGGAGCAGGAGGGGGUGUCCCCCGCCACCAAGGGAAGUGCGUGGGGCUCCCAGGGGUUAUCUGUGCGUGUACCCCGGACACGUGCCGCAGGAAGUGUGCCUGUGUGCACGUAGGUCUGAGGGUGCACGUGGGGGGUGUGUACACACGUGCCGUACAGACACACACAUACAUGUAUGCAUGGGUGUGGGUGUGUGCACUGCUCGCCCCCCACCCCCUUCCAGCAGUCAUUGCUCCCUGGAGGGGGGGUGGGGGGUGUGUGUGUACAACUUUGCCAGGGGGUGCUGUGGCCAUGCUAGGCCCUUGUGCUGGACAGACCCCCAGUGCUUCUGUGACUCAGGGAGGGGGUGUCUGUGGGUGCUUCACCCACCCUGCCCCCAACCAAGACCACUAGUGAAACAGCCCCAGGGACCCCGUGUCAGCCAGGCCCCCCUGCCCCAUCAACCUCUGUAGCUUGGAGGGGCCCUCACGCCCCGCUGCCAUGCCAGGGAUCACCACCUCCCCGAGUCACCUCUGGGCGACAGCUGCAGGGACCAGAGACCACCUCUGGGCAAGGGUCACAGGGGUUGGAGCCCAGCGCUGAGUCAGGGUCACCAGGGUUUGGGGGUCCACUUCUGGGUGAAAGUCAAAGGUAUGGGCUUCACCUCUGGGUGAAGGUGACCAGGGGUGAGGUCUGCUUCUGGGUGAGGGCCACCAGGGCUGGAGCCCACCUCUUGAGCGAGGGUUUUUGGUGGCCUUCAUGCCUCCCAGGAGCAGGACCCCAUCAGGACUGAUGGUCCAGGGGCCGGCCAGCACGGGUCACCCAUGCCAUCUCUUCUGCAGGUACCAGGGCCGCUUUCACCCCCUGGCCAGGCACCGCCGAGGUCUGACCAGCGAGGUUCCGGCAGCCAAGCGCUCGGGCCAGGGGGCAGGUGAGCAGCCCCGGAGGGCGCCCGGGGACGCCCUUCCCGCGCCCUGAGCCAAGGGAGGAAGCGGCCGGAGGCAGGAAGCCGUCCCCCGGGCCCGGGGCCCCCGCUGCGAUUUUGCUCGAAGGUCAGCGGCGACACAACAGGAAAUCGCACUGCCUCGGCUGGGCGGCCGGGUGGGAGCCGGAGAGCUGCGCCGUGCCGCCCCGGGGGCGCUCCCAGCCCCCGGCCCUCCGUCCCGGCUGGGUGGCUGGCGGGGAGCCCGCCCCACCAGCACCCUCCAUGGAAGGGGGACGGGAGCCGGGGAGCAGCCACUGGCCCCAGGGUGGAAGAUACAGGGCCGAAGCCCCCAGCUGAGCAUGGAGCUGAACAGUGAGUGCGUGGCUGAGAGGGGGGAACGGGAGCGAGCAGGAAGGGGCAUGGAGUUGGCAGUGGACACCGUGGCUGCACAGCCAGCACAUCCCCCACCUGGGCACCCCAAGAGAUAAGCCCCACCUGCGGGCAGCAAACCCCAAGGGUGGCUCUGGUUUGGUUCGCUACUGGUGCGCAAAGGCAGCCAAGCAUCUUUCCACGCGGGGCCUCGGGAAGCAGGCUGCGCUGAGGGCUUUUGGGGACAGGCGGAGCACGAAGGCGGGGAGCAAGGCAGGUGGAUGCACAGAGGGCCUUUGGGGAAGGAGAUGCCUGUCGCCAGGAUGGCUCAGAGGUGCCCAGGGCAGCAGCGUGGCAGCAGCGCUAGGGCAGGCAGUGCUGGCUGGCGAGCCCUGGGGCUAGAGCAGGGACACACCACAGGAUGCUGCAAGGCAGGGAUUCCCCGAAACGCACGUGAUUCCUGGAGCUGCUCCUGGCACAGAUCGGGAGGGCUGGCCCCGGUCUCUCUGCCGCUCAGCCUGGAGCAGAGACAAAUAACCUGGCACAGAUGUGGCUGUGUGGCCCCUUGGCAUGGAAACCCCAGCUCUCCCCAGUGACCACUGGGCACCUGAGCUGACCGACCAGAGGGGCAGCACCAGGCCCUCCUCAACCUUCCAAUGCGUCCCCCACCAUGGGGCCAUCAAGGCCACCCCUGGACUGGGGGGAGGAGUUGCCACUGCAGGCGUGACCCUGGGAUGGAGCUGCCCAGGCACAGCGCCCAGGGUAACCCCAUCUCCUCCAGGACUGCUCCUCCUCACAUCAUUCCUCCUGCACGUGGAAGAGGGCCAUGCCACCCCAACACGGCUAGUCUGCGACAACAGACUCAUCCAGAAGUACAUCGGGGAGGCCAAGGACAUGGAGAAGAGAGUGGGCCAGUGCCAGGCACUGCCCGCGCUCAGCUGCCCCGCAGUGCUGCCCUUAGUGGACUUCAGGCUCCAGCAAUGGAAAUCCAAAUCGAACGAGACCAAGCGGCGGGAGAUCCUCUGCGACCUGGCACUGCUGGUGGGCGCUGUGGCCGUGGCCCAGGGCCAGGUGACCCAGGAGUGUGGGGCCAGGCAGCUGAAUCAGCUUCACCAACAUGCCAGCUCCUUCCUCCGGCUCCUGCAGACCUUUGGCUGGGAGGUGAGACCUCCCCAUGCGAGCCACACUGCCCCGACGCAGGCACCAGCUGCGCUGGGCACCAAUGGCAUUUGUCACCCCUCUUGUCCCACUCUCGCCCCUCAGGCAGGACCCUGGGAGCCAGGCUGCUCCCCACGCUCCACGGAGCAGACCCAUGUCAACAGCAUCUUCCUCACCUACCGGCAGCUGGUGCAGGGCAAGCUACGCUUUUUCUUCCACGAUUUGGCCAAGGACUUGUGCAAGCAAGGCCAGGGGGGUGGCAGAGACCCUCAGUGCAUGGCCUGCUGAGGCUGCGCACAGGGUUCGCCCCUGAUCCCAGGUCAGAGCAAUCCUGGACACUGAGCUGUGCUCUGGUUGCCCAGGAAGGUGCCGGCAGGGAAAGGGUUGGCUCCUGCUCCUCAAGCCUUCAGCGAUCGCACAGCCCAUGGAGGCAGACAGCAGCAACACCCAUGUGCCAGCAGGCACGGGCCCUGCUCUCACCCAGGCAGGCACCUCUACUGUGAAUGCUUUACAAUUAAAGAGCUAUUUUUCUAAA